UGAAAGAAAAGCACAAGAAGAAACUUUUCCAGGCAUCGUUGAUUUGACGACGGCACUGAUCCUCCGAAAUCACAGGAAAGGGUUCCCUGAGCCCUGAGGGGAGGGAUUUGAUGGAGACAUUUCAUUGAGGACUGAGUGUUCCAGGUCUUUCUCUUCAUAUUGUCUACCUUUGGGUCACUGUAUUUCUUUUCAUCUGCUGCAGGAGGAAGCUUCUCUGAUGAUGGUUAAAAUUCUGAUGGUCAGUCAUACAGAGGAAGGCCUUGAGCUUGUGGGUUUUGGAGAAUCCGUUCUGAAGAUCUAAAAAGUGCAAAAGGAGAAGUACAAAUGUCUACCACAAGACGAAAACGUAAUGUGUUAUGUUGUUUACCGUAAGCUGUAGUAAAAUGAGCUCAAUUGUUGACAGAGAUGACAGUAGUAUUUUUGAUGGAUUGGUGGAAGAAGAUGACAAGGACAAAGCAAAAAGAGUAUCUAGAAACAAAUCUGAAAAGAAACGUAGAGAUCAGUUCAAUGUCCUCAUUAAAGAGCUGGGAUCUAUGCUUCCUGGUAAUGCUAGAAAGAUGGACAAGUCCACUGUUCUGCAGAAGAGCAUUGACUUUUUACGCAAACAUAAAGAAAUCACUGCACAGUCAGAUGCUAGUGAAAUUCGACAGGACUGGAAACCUACAUUCCUUAGUAAUGAAGAGUUUACACAAUUAAUGUUAGAGGCUCUUGAUGGUUUUUUUUUAGCGAUCAUGACAGAUGGAAGUAUAAUAUAUGUAUCUGAGAGUGUAACUUCGUUACUUGAACAUUUACCAUCUGAUCUUGUGGAUCAAAGUAUAUUUAAUUUUAUCCCAGAGGGAGAACAUUCAGAGGUUUAUAAGAUACUCUCUACUCAUCUGCUGGAAAGUGAUUCAUUAACCCCUGAGUAUUUAAAAUCAAAAAAUCAGUUAGAAUUCUGUUGUCACAUGCUUCGAGGAACAAUAGACCCAAAGGAGCCAUCCACCUAUGAAUAUGUGAGAUUUAUAGGAAAUUUUAAAUCUUUAAACAGUGUAUCAACUUCAGCACACAAUGGUUUUGAAGGAACCAUACAGCGCACACACAGGCCUUCUUACGAAGAUAGAGUUUGUUUCGUAGCUACUGUCAGGUUAGCUACACCUCAGUUCAUCAAGGAAAUGUGUACUGUUGAAGAACCCAAUGAAGAGUUUACAUCUAGACACAGUUUAGAAUGGAAGUUUCUAUUUCUAGAUCACAGGGCACCACCAAUAAUAGGCUAUUUGCCAUUUGAAGUUUUGGGAACAUCAGGCUAUGAUUACUAUCAUGUGGAUGACCUAGAAAAUCUGGCAAAAUGUCAUGAGCACUUAAUGCAGUAUGGGAAAGGCAAAUCAUGUUAUUACAGAUUCCUGACCAAAGGACAGCAGUGGAUUUGGCUUCAAACUCAUUAUUAUAUCACUUACCAUCAGUGGAAUUCAAGGCCAGAGUUCAUUGUUUGUACUCACACUGUAGUAAGUUAUGCAGAAGUAAGGGCUGAAAGACGACGAGAACUUGGCAUUGAAGAAUCUCUUCCUGAGACAGCUGCUGACAAAAGCCAAGAUUCUGGGUCUGACAAUCGUAUAAAUACAGUCAGUCUCAAGGAAGCACUGGAAAGGUUUGAUCACAGCCCAACUCCGUCUGCCUCUUCUAGAAGCUCCAGAAAGUCAUCUCACACAGCAGUCUCAGACCCUUCCUCAACACCGACAAAGAUCCCUACUGACACUAGCACUCCUCCCAGACCACACCUGUCAGCUCAUGAGAAGAUGACACAGCCGCGGAGGCCAUCCUUCAGCGGUCAGUCCAUAAACUCCCAGUCUGUUGGUCCAUCAUUAACACAGCCAGUGAUGUCUCAAGCUGCAAAUUUACCAAUUCCACAAGGCAUGUCACAGUUCCAGUUUUCAGCUCAGUUAGGAGCCAUGCAGCAUCUGAAAGACCAGCUGGAGCAGCGGACGCGGAUGAUAGAGGCAAAUAUUCAUCGGCAACAGGAAGAACUGAGGAAGAUUCAAGAGCAGCUUCAGAUGGUCCAUGGUCAAGGGCUUCAGAUGUUUUUGCAGCAAUCAAACUCUGGAUUGAAUUUUGGGUCCGUUCAACUUUCCUCUGGAAAUUCUAAUAUUCAGCAACUCACACCUAUAAAUAUGCAAGGCCAAGUCGUUUCUGCUAGCCAGAUUCAAAGUGGAAUGAAUACUGGACAUGUCAGCACAAGCCAGCACAUGAUACAACAACAGACUUUACAGAGUACAUCAACUCAGCAGAGUCAACAGAAUGUCAUGAGUGGACAUAGUCAGCAAACGUCUCUUCCAAACCAGACGCCAAGCACUCUCACAGCCCCGCUGUAUAACACAAUGGUGAUCUCUCAGCCUGCGUCUGGGAGCAUGGUCCAGAUCCCAUCCAGUAUGCCCCAGAACAGUACGCAGAGUGCUACGGUAACCACGUUCACUCAGGACAGACAGAUAAGGUUUUCUCAAGGUCAGCAACUUGUGACCAAAUUAGUGACUGCUCCCGUAGCGUGUGGGGCCGUCAUGGUACCAAGUACCAUGCUUAUGGGUCAGGUGGUGACUGCUUACCCUACCUUUGCCACACAACAGCAGCAAGCUCAGGCACUGUCGGUAACGCAGCAGCAGCAGCAGCAACAGCAGCAGCAGCAGCAGCAGCAGCAGCAGAGUUCCCAGGAACAGCAGCUUCCUUCGGUUCAGCAAUCACCUCAGGCUCAGCUGACCCAACCACCACCACAGCAGUUUUUACAGACGUCUCGGUUGCUCCAUGGGAAUCCUUCAGCUCAGCUCAUCCUCUCUGCCGCCUUCCCACUGCAGCAGGGCACCUUCCCUCCGUCGCAUCACCAGCAACACCAGCCUCAGCAGCAGCAGCAGCAGCAGCAGCAGCUUAGUCGGCACAGGACUGACAGCCUGACUGACCCUUCCAAGGUCCAGCCCCAGUAGCACACAUACUUCCUCUCUGACACUAGAGGAAGGAGAGGCCAGCCGCUCACUCAGAUGACAGGGUUAGAAGUUGAGCAGUUCUGUGAGGGUGGGCUUGAGUGUUCCAGUUCCUGGAUUAGUUGGUAGGGAAAUGCUGCCCAGUGCUACAGGUGUACAUUAAAUACCAGCCGAUGGGAGAUGAUUACAGGGACACAGCCAAUUCUGCAGUUUCUUUACCCAGAUAUUUUUUUAAUGGAAAAAGAGUAUAUUGCCAAAUGUUAACAAGCUCAACUAUCAUGACCUUUAUCGAAUCAGAAAAGCACUAACAAUGUUGGUAGCUUUAGUGGUUCUGUGCCUGGUAUCAGAUGUUACAGAGGACACACCACUGCCAGGGAUUUGCUUAGAUUGCCAUGAAGAUAGUCCUGUAGUUAGUAGUCCCUACCCCAGCUCCCCUCCCUGUUCAGAUAAUGAUGGAUCAGUGAUUACUUGCAGAAUGUUGUGCAGGUUUGAAUUCUCUAUGUAUAGAUGCUAUAUAGAUGUGUAUGUGUCUGGAUGGAGAAGAGAAAGCAAACUAUCUGUAUGCAGCAUGAAAGCAUUAUCUGUCCCUUACAGGUAUGAGUACAUUUCAUUAGAUUUUGACACCAUGUACAAACUGGUAACAGCCUCUCUUUUUCAUUUUGUUUACAACACAAUAGUGUUCUAGUCACUUUUUCCAGGGCACAAGUUUUUUUGUUCGCGCUUUGGCUGUGAUGUCACAGUUUGUUCAGUGAGGUGUAAUGUGCUGCUGGUUAAAUUAUUGCUACAUUUCCUUUUAUUCAGAAAUAGCCCUUAUGUCAUUAUUUUUCAAUUAUGUUUGAAAAUAGAAUUGCACUGCUUUAUUUUAGAUGGUUGGUUGAGUUUGAUCACAUAUUUUGAUAUAUUUCAUAGUUGGAAUAUUUAUGUAAAUGGUUUUCAACAAGCCUGAAAGUGAUUUCAAGAAUGUUUCAGUUAUAAGAGUAAAAUUUGCACACAGAACAUUUUAGGCACUUUUUAACAUUCUCAAUGGUGGGAAUUUUAACUUUUAGGAUUUGUUGGAGUCUUUUUAUUAUCUUUAAAAUUUUCAAUGCUUCUUUUAGUUAAAAUGAUUCAGGGUUAUUUGAGGGGGAAAAACCCAUAGUGCCUUGAUUUUAAUUCAGGUGAUAACUCACCAUCUUGAAUUCAUCGUCUGGUUUCAGUAGCAGUGUUGAAACCUUAGUACAUUUUUAGCAGCAUGUGGGUCUCGGUGUCAUUCUCUGGCUCCCAUGAAGACUGCUACAUCUCUUGGACUGCCCUAACAGUAUCAGAGUUGUUAAAGUGAUCCCAGAAUUGUUUCCAAAUUAGUAUCUUCCUUUUAAGCUAAGUAGUCCUUUAAGAAUUACCAUUUAAUACUUGUUCAGAGAAAUGGGGUAGAAAUUGUCUUUAACCUUCAUUGAAACACUAGAAUAUUACCACUCACAUGCUUUCUAAACAUGAAUUAAGAUUUCAUCUGGCAAUAUCACACUCUCCAGGUAAUAAACUCCAACAAAGUUACAUAUAUUUUAAAAAGCAUUUUUUUUUAGAUUUUAUGGUACUAAUAAUGAAAUUUGCAAUUAUAGAACAAAAGAUAGUAGAAAAUAGAAUAUAAAACAUUACUGAGAAAAGGGAGGACAAGUGUGACAAAUCAGAAUUGACCUUCAAAGAAAGUGUGUAAGGGUGAGGCUGCUAAACAAAGGUUCCCAGCAGUGAAACUAACCUACUGCAGAAUCGCUAGAUAAGGGCUCUGGGGAACGCGCGCACGCCGAGUCAGUUAUGGGUCCUCGGCUUUGUUGCCAUCCUUAAGCAUGUCUUUGUUUUCCUGUUUACCUGGCUGCAAUUCAGUUAGAAGUUAGUGGUGACAAUGAAAACAACCAAAGAAAUUGGUACCUACCCUUCUGCAGAAGAAGUGUGGCCAGGUACCAGUCAGUAACUAACAUAUCACAGUCCUUCUAGCUGACAUUCGUAUGAACACCCCGAAGAGAUGCAAGAAUACAUGCAUAUGUAAGCUUGUGUACCCGUGAUAAAGUUGAUGUAAGUAGAGCACCCACAUUGCUUUUCUCCCCUCCCAAAUUGCCUUCUUGAUCUUAUGCCAUUCCAUGUCAUCUGAGUUGUGCCUCCUUGACUUUGGCAAUACCCAGUGACGAGGGUUUAGCUCACAGGAGAUACGGUAUACUAAUUAUGUAAUUCCUGUUGUUCUUCACAGUUCAUCUUCUUGACUAAAAGCAGUUGGUAAAGGAGCGCCUAGCCACUAAUUUUGCUGUCCAUAUGGAAAGUUGUGCUGGGCAAUACUUGUCGGCACCAGCUGCCUCUCGGCUCUUUCAUUCUUGGUUUCUUUGGGUGGCAAACUGUCCCUGUCUGCUUCCUACAGACUUGAGCAUUCUGAUGAAGAUUCAUCUGUUGCCUGUUCUUCGUUUCUAUAGCCAAAGUUGUUGACUGAAACCUAAAUCUAAAACCUAAAUCAUGAAAAGAUACCAAAUAGAAACACUUCGCAGCUUAUAAACCUUAAUGUCCCCUGCUCUAUUUCAUGGGGAUUCAUUUUUCUUUAAAAUUGUAUUCUGGGCAGCACUUUUUAGUUAAGAAUUGUUAGGGUGCGGGUCAGCUAGGAUCCUGUUGCCCGGAAGGUACUUUGCUCUGGGCUGCUCUGUAGAACAUGGGUGUUGCUGAUCCUUUGGGAUGAGAACAGUCAAGCACACAGCUGCUCUGGAGGCCGCUGUCAACCCAGAGCCUAGACAUGAAAGUACUCCUCUUCUCUUCCCUAGAGUAGUAACUGGGGUGGGGAGCAGAGGUGACAGGUGGAGCUGCCUGCAAAUGAGCACUACAGGCCCUGCCCCAAGCUCCACCCUAAGUUUAGGGUAGCUUUAGAGUGCUGUGUUCUGCUGUUGCAUAGACAGGGCUUAGGAAUGUCCUACUAAUCAAAGAAUGCCAGUGGUUUUGAGUUUGUGAGAGAACACUCUGCAAACUAGUGAGUGUUUGAAUUCUGGGUGCUGUCGUUGGUCGUUGCCUUAAAGCAGUCUCUUGAAGUUAGUUGGGAGCACUGAAGCAGUCCAGCUGUGAGGGAGCUGAGCCCUUGUUCAAGCCUUAGAAAGGACCCUUAAAGUAGUAGUCUACAGAGGUAGGUUCUUUUCACUUGGAAUAGUACUGUCCCUUUAAAAUGUUUCUGCUACAUUGAGGCAUUUUUUUUUUUCCAAGUGGAACACAGAUAGCAUUUUUAGUAUUUCUUUUUUCUGUUUCUUUGGUGAUUAAAGGUUUGUCGUAACAUUUGUGUAAAACUCGUUCAAGCCUAUCACCUUUCCAGUACCUGUGGUCCUGUUCUUAGCACCACGGAGUCCACAUUGGAAGGUAUAAACACUGGAUAUUAAUAUUGUUGAGGGCACAGAGCCAGGAGUAAGCUGACUGGAACUCUUCAGUGGUGGAGAAGAAACAGCACAAAAGCAGGCACUUGCCGUUUUCAUAGUCCUUAGGGAAAGAGACCUUUUCAGUUUGUCUGGGUUGAGUGAACACUCUUCUAAGAGGAGCUUCUGAAGUAAAUGCAAAGGAAAGAGUUGACUAUUUUUAUAGCAUAUUUAAUAUAUUUGUAUAGAACUAUGAGUGUAGUAGGAACCCUCCACCUGCCUCCCACUUUUCUAAUCCCCCCCCCCUUGCCAUAGUACAGCCUCAUCUGCAUGGGUAAUGUGCCUAUUGUCAGCCUACCUACCAAAAGAUAGUGCUGCUGCUUUCUGAGACAGGUGAGAUCAGACUCUCAUGCCUGGGGAUCCUUUAUGGGAGGAAUAGCACACACUUAGAACAACAUACCACAGUCUAAAAGCAUCAUUUUGAAAGGUAAUAAGCACUUUAUUGCAAUUAUUCAUUUAGAUAAAGUUUGUAUCUUAGGCAUUAACCAUUUUUAAAGGAUCCCCUAAUCAUCACUUAGGUGAAAUUAUAAAUGACACAUUUCUGAGAAAUGUUUAGAUCCAGUGAACCGUAGCAGGUUUAUGGGAGUGAUUUCAAGGUAGCCAAAUAAACUCUGACUUUUGUUUUGAAUGUGGUGGAGUCAGGAGAUUAUAGAUGCGUAGUUCCAUUUAAACACUAUUGUAAACCUAUCUUGCCUAUUGUGUGGACACCAAAAGAGACCAAUGAGCCUGUUUGUUUUCAGAGGUCUAGGAAUAUGCAUCUGUCUGAGUAGAUAUACAGAACUAAUCUAUAAACGGUUGGUAGUAAUAUUUUAGGAUACAGUAAUUUCAAGAAUUAUUGAGUGUUUUCAAUGUGCCCUGAAAUGUUGGCAUGUCAUUUCAGCGUUCCCAUUUGAGUUGCUCUUGUAAUGUUUUUGCACAAAAAGGACUGAGAAAGACUGCUUUGGUUGAAGAAAACUAUAAUUUGGUCUUAUCUUAAUGUCUCCUGUGGAAACACUGGAGGUCAAUUUUGUUGGUAUAGUUACUAAUUCAGGAUAUUUAAAACAGUGUUGAACAACUCACCAGAAAUUAAGCAAACUUAUAUAUUUAAAAAUUAAAAUUCUGUUUUUCCACGUGACUGUUUUGCAUAUUUUUUCCGUUGUCAUAACACUACAUUCCUUGUUUUUCCGAAAGAAUACUUUGAAAGACGAGUAUUUAACAAUCCUUUGUAAGCUGCCCGGGCUUUCCCGGGAAGAGGCUCUAGUGAAAUAACUUGUAGUUGUGUAGUUUGUGGAGACUGUUGGGAUCCCAUCAACACACCAGCAAACCCUGAGGUGCUGAACUAACGACAAUCACUAGGAAGUAUUUAUGGAGAACUUAGCAGGCUGAAGGAACUCGUUUCCAACGCAGAUCUCGGGUUUCUUAAAUAAAAUGGCUGUGUAUUUAUUUAUAUUUGUAUCUCUACAAUUGGUCUCCUGUAUUUAAUUUAUGGUCAGUUUGGUUUUCCCUGGAGAACUGGCUCUCCAGAUAAUUGGACACUGUUGUCCAUCAGGAUGGCAGUGGCAGGUCACCCUGGGCGUCCGUCCCUGCGCUGCCCUCCUGCUCUGAACUGUUUAGGAAAACAUGGUCAAAGGUAGCUCCUUUCAGUUCUGCUCUGUCUGUGUCACCGCUCCCCCUUUGCCCGGUGUCACUGGUGCCUUCUGUGUGUCAUGGGCACUUUCCACAGUUUCUUCCCCACAGCCAGAGGCCAGCAUGAAAGAACCACGGGCACAUGUUGAUGUUGCCUUUGUUUUGCCCAGUUGAGGAAAUGCUAGCAAAAUAGUGUCUUUUAAUGGCUGUCAUCAUUAGAGCCACAUACCGAGUCCUUACAUAUAGUUGGACAAUGUAUGCACAUUGAAAACUCUUUAAAAAGUUGGUUAUCUUUCAGUCUUCCAUAGCCAGUACUAUGGAAGUAAAGUGGUACUUGAACAUGGGAGGCCUCGCUCGCUAUGUGACAAUCCUUCCUGCCCACAUGAACUGGUAUGAGUCCUCCGUUAGCACUCUCAUUGUGGCUCUGGAGUCCCAUAGGUAGGGUCUAGCUCACAGGGACCCCUUGGAGAACAGUAAUUAAAAUACAGUCAGACAUGAAUUGAGUUUAAUUAUGUAAAAGGUAUUUAACUCUGAUGAAGGUAAAUUGAAAAAAAUACCAUUUUUAGAUACAUGCUUCUAAAUCAGAGAAAACAAACUGUGACAUCGCUUUAAAAAAUAACAUUCAAAUGGUUUGUUUUGAGUUGGCCUGUACUGGUUCAAGUUGAUUGCUGGCAAUGGUUUUAAGAAUACUACAGAGCUAAAAUAUAGGAAAAGCUCUUAUCUUUAAAUUAAUGUAGUAGACAAUCAUCUUCAAGCAAAAACAUUGCCCAAAAGUCCCUUAUUAAGCAAUGGAUGUGUCAGCCACAGCGACCGGAAAUGAAACCAUUCUAAAAUUAUUCUGAAAUCUAUUUUACUGUGGUUUAAGUUGGAGAAAGCUCCAGUAUAGCACCUUCAUAUUCACCCUGUGUAAAGAUUGAAGCCCAAAGACGAGUUAAAUUAGUGCUGUUUUAAAACCAGUGAGUGCAAAAAAUAUAUAAGUCUUAUCUUUGUAAACUUGUUAAAUCACUUAGUGGUUGUAUAAACAUGCACCAGAUUCUUUGCUGUUCCAUGUGGUUCUUGCUCUGCUGUUCUUAACAUUGCUGUCCUUACUGCUUGGUUCUGGGUUUAAAUUAAAACAAGAGUAGACGUAGCUCAUCCUUUCCAGCUCCAAAGGGAGAGAUGCAUAUGGCUAGUGAUCCCCACAAAGCAAACAUUUAAUUGAAAUAAAUUUAUUAAAAAAGACUGGCAUUCUUUUAGGCAUUAUCCUUUUGCCAAAACCCUAAACUCCACAGAAGCAUAACAGAUAAUGAAUGGUUUCAGUGGUGCUGUAUUAGGUUCCCUGGUUUUCAUAAGCUACGUUGGAAAUACAGUAUUGAAUAAAAUGUGGAUUCUUACUACCAGCUGAAUAUGGCUAUUUUAAUUGCGUUUGAUACAAUUGGUUAUACUUGGUUGUCAAAGUUACCCUUUUAAGAAGUAAAACUGUUACCAGCAUGCCUUCACUCAGGCCUCUUGCUGUAUGAGCACAGCUUUACUUCAAAUCUUCAUGUUCCAUGCUCUCCUCCAUAGUGUUUUAUUCAGAAUCAAAAACUACAGCAAAAGAGCCAAGCAGUAGCAAUGUUUCUCUUUUGUUUUUGUUUUUAAUGUCAAAAUAAUUAGACCCAAACUUUGUUUCCUUCAAUUUUAAAAAUAAAGAAUACCUCAGUGCUGCUUCUCAGUAUCACCUGCUUUAUGUGGCACAUAACAUGUAAGAGUCACAUUUGGAUUUAUAGAAAGACUAUUAAAUGUUUUUAAAUCUGUCAGUAA